CCCCUGGUAAGUGGCCUUGUUCUCCACCUUUUUCCUUUUGGUUCUGCUGACGCUGCCCGGCUCUCGUCAGCGUCCGGCCCGCUCUCUCCUUGAGACCGAGCACCAUGCCUUCAAUUAAAUUGCAGAGUUCUGAUGGAGAGAUAUUUGAAGUUGAUGUUGAAAUUGCCAAACAAUCUGUGACUAUCAAGACCAUGUUAGAAGAUUUGGGAAUGGAUGAUGAAGGCGAUGAUGACCCAGUUCCUCUACCAAAUGUUAAUGCAGCAAUAUUAAAAAAGGUUAUUCAGUGGUGCACCCACCACAAGGAUGACCCUCCUCCUCCUGAGGAUGAUGAGAACAAAGAAAAGCGAACAGAUGAUAUUCCUGUUUGGGACCAAGAAUUCCUCAAAGUUGACCAAGGAACACUAUUUGAACUAAUUCUGGCUGCAAACUAUUUAGACAUCAAAGGUUUGCUUGAUGUUACAUGCAAGACUGUUGCCAAUAUGAUCAAGGGGAAAACCCCUGAAGAGAUUCGCAAGACCUUCAAUAUAAAAAAUGACUUUACUGAAGAAGAGGAAGCCCAGGUACGCAAAGAGAACCAGUGGUGUGAAGAGAAGUGAAAAGUUGUGCCUGACACUGUAACACUGUAAGGAUUGUUCCAAAUACUAGUUGCACUGCUCUGUUUAUAAUUGUUAAUAUUAGGCAAACAGUAGACAAAUGCAGCAGCAAAUCAAUUGUAUUAGCAGAAUAUUGUCUUCAUUGCAUGUGUAGUUUGGGUACAGAUUCCAAACCUAUGGCUGAGUUUCUUCCAGUAUGAUCAAAAUAUCUUUUCUUUGCUCUGAAUAAAACUGAAUUGUGGGUUCUCUA